AUGGCGACAGAGUUUGAUGAUGUAUUGACAAAUCAGCCAGUCGUUAUUGACAAUGGAUCCGGAACGAUCAAAGCGGGCUUCGCGGGUCAGGAGCAGCCAUCAUGCUACAUUCCGUCAUUUGUCGGACGACCCAAGCACCUUCGAGUGAUGGCGGGAGCAAUAGAGGAUAAUCUGUUCAUUGGAAAGAAGGCACAGGAUUUGAGGGGUUUGUUGAAGAUCAUGUACCCAAUGGAGCACGGCGUGGUUACGGACUGGGACGAUAUGGAGAGAAUAUGGGGCUGGGUCUACGCGGAGGGUCUGAAGGCUUUGAGCGAGGAGCAUCCUGUACUCUUGACUGAGGCUCCUCUCAACCCGAGACAGAACCGUGAUGUCGCCGCUCAGAUAUUCUUCGAAACGUUCAACGUACCUGCUUUCUUCACCAGUGUCCAGGCCGUACUCAGUCUGUACUCAUCUGGGAGGACUACGGGAAUCGUGCUCGACUCUGGAGACGGAGUGACACAUGCGGUGCCUGUCUUUGAAGGCUUCUCCAUGCCACAUGCCAUACAGAGAAUCGAUCUUGCUGGGAGAGACGUGACUGAUCACCUCCAGUUGUUAUUACGAAAAGCGGGCUACUAUCUCCAGACUUCAGCCGAGAAAGAGGUCGUGCGGACGAUCAAGGAGAAGACUUGUUAUCUGGCACUCAACCCGGCGAAAGAGGAAAAAGAUCACAGUGGCGCGUGGGAGGAGUUCAGACUGCCGGACGGGAAGGUCAUACAGCUCGGUACAGAACGAUUCUUAGCACCGGAAAUUCUCUUCAACCCAGAACUGAUAGGGCAGGAGUAUCCGGGAGUGCACCAGGUCAUCGUGGAUUCCAUCAACCGGACUGAUAUGGAUUUACGCAAGAGCCUAUUUAGCAACAUUGUGAUGUCCGGUGGCUCAACGCUCUGUACAGGCUUCGGCGAUCGUCUACUGAGCGAAGUGAAAAAGCUGGCAUUAAAAGAUGUCAAGCUGAAGAUCUACGCCCCGCCCGAGCGAAAGUACUCUACUUGGAUAGGAGGGUCCAUCCUCGCUGGACUGAGCACCUUCAAAAAGAUGUGGGUCAGUGCCGACGAAUACAAGGAGGAUCCCGAUAUCAUACACAAAAAAGCAUUCUAA